GACUGAGACGAGCCUAUCCUCCGUUAUAAAGGAUUCCGGAAAUAUAUGAAGAGAAAGACCAAUAAGUACUUCAGGAAGAAAAGCUCCAAAUUUUUAAAGCUCAAACCUAAGAAGAAGGAACAUAAGUCUAUUUAUAUCAAAACAUUGGAUGCUUUCAACCCCAGAGAGAGGAGCUUAGAUAUGACCAAUCCUUAUAUUCAGGUGACUCCUCAAAAGUCAACAGCUCUUGAGAAUGAGAGAACCUCAAAAUGGAGCUUAAGAUCUACUAGCAAACCAAUGUCUCAAAUAAGAAGGAGUGAAGCUAAGAAGCCGAGUUCUGUAAAAAGCAGACUCUUUGGUAGACCUAGUGAGCAACUUGAGGAGUACAAAAAGCUCAUCUUAGAGUCUGAAAAAGCGAGUACCAAAGCUACUACCUUAACUAAGGAUAAGGAAAGAGGCAAGAGCACUCUCAUUCGAAGAAAAGCUUACCAGCCACCUAUAAAGAAGUAUGAAUUGCCGACUGACAAUCCCUUAUUUAAUCAGACAUUUUAUAAAAAUGAAUCACAAAAGCUACUUGAAAACUCUUUUGACUGGAAGAAGGCUGGCAAUACAAGACAUAUCCAGACUAGAAUCCAAAAGAGGAUAAAAUAUUUGGUAUAUGUCCGCAAGGAAGACAAAAGUGAAGCCUCAGCUAACAGCAGAAAAAUCUAUAGGUCUUCUACCAAUUUCCUCCCUACACCUUCAGACAGAGUGAAGCUUAGGAAGAAGUUCAUUAGGAAACACAAGAAGAACUUGCUGUUUGAUCAAAACAAGAGCUGAGGAAGAUAA